AUGCCGCUUAUCAUUCAAAGAAAAUCAUCUAAGUUCACACUGAAAAAAAGAUACAUAACCUUACUGUGCAUCAUCAUUAGCUUUUCUAUUAUGCUAUAUAGAGCUUACUAUGUUGUCUACCAUUUCAGGGCACUGAGAUUGGGGAAGUUGGCAUUGGAACAAGUAAAUAUCAUAAAAAAGCCAGAGAAUAAUGUUAAGAACAAGACUGGUGGGCCGUUGUACAUUGAAGUUACUAUGAAUGUUUCCAAAUGCACCUGUCCAGUUUUCCUUGAAAUGUCAGAUAUAAAUGGUGCUUUGUUCUUAGAUGAAAAAAGCUAUGACAGCUCGGCAGAAUCUCUAAGGAUAGCAAUAAGCAAUAUUAAGUUUGAUAAACAAAAGCCCUUCAUUUUUAAAGCUGUCCUUGAAUUCACAAACGUAAGCUUCAACACUCCCAUUUUGGAUCUUUAUUCUCUUGAUUUUUCAAUUGAGGUUAGUUUUUUGAUCAGGGCUAGAUUCUGCUUCCUUCCCCUUUGCUUUCCAAAGAUACUUAGAAGAAAGAAAUCUGAAUUGUUAAUAAAGGGCGGAGAUUCUGUAAAUCCUUCUUUUUUGUCUAUGCGUCUGCAUAAACUAAAUGAUAUUCCGUGCAUUCAAUUAGGCAUAAAAAAGAAGUUUUUUUCAAUUCUAAAUUCAGAUUCUAAGUUCACUUUUAAUGUAGGAUGUAUAAAACUUUCAUUCGAUGGAAUAGCCAGCUUCUCAAUCCUUGUUACUUCAUUUUCAACCGAGGAUUAUCUAAUAAAAAACGACACACGGGUAGUGUCUUCCUUUGAAUAUCUGACAAACAUUAUUCCAGGUGAGCAGCUCUCUAAUACCGAGGAUCCAGAUGAUUCCAUUGUAUUUUAUUUUAUCAAUAUUCCUCUUUAUAACUUUGGAAACUUUAUGGACAUACCACAGUUACUCAAAAAGCUAAAUAAUACGAGAGGAAAGAAAUUAUUGCGGCUCAGUGCUGUUUCAGUUCUUAUGGGCGGGCCAGAUGUGCCUGAUUUAUUUUUAAGUGACACUGUAAAAAGAUACGAAAGAGUAGGUUUCGAUGUAGAUGACAAUCUGUCAAGUAAGACUAUUAAAUAUGCAAAGAUUGAUGAGCAAGUAGUAGAAGGGUGCAUACUAAAGGAUUUAAACAAAAUUCCGAAAGACCAACCAUUGUUUAUAGAAGGAUGGAGGCCUAGUAAGCUGUUUAUAUUCAGUGUACCUUCUGAAAAAACUGCAAAUACAAGCAAGACGUCAGAAAAGAAUCAAUUAAAUGAAAUGACAGUCAAUGAUGAUGUAUCCCAAAGCGCCCUUCAUUGUUUAAAAUUAUGGAUUCGUGAUUGGACCAUUCAUUCUGACAAAUUUUCAUUUAAUACUGCAUUAAACAAGGAUCAUCCCAUAUAUGCACUAUUUGAGCGUCUAUUUUCUGAAGAGCAUUGGUUUGUUGAUUUUUUCAAUAUUGAAAGUUCCGUUAAAUUAACUGUAAACUUGAAUGGCAUCAAAUAUUUGGAAAUUUCAAUUUCCUUCCCCAAGCAUAAGCAAACAAGCUUAGCAUUUGAAGAUGACAAGCAAUCAGUCUUGGAUGAAGUAUUGUCAGAACAGAACAUCAUCUUUGAUGAUGUUCUGCUGAUUUCUGUAAAGAUUCUACAAAAAUUUAUCCUCAAAAAAGAUGAUAUUAAAAGUCUGAAAAUAGUGCCUUCUGAAAUACUCGUAGGCGAGCAUAGAAUCAUUCCCCCUGAUCUUUUCUACAUUUCAAUAGACUAUCCCCACUCAAUUAACAUUGCCAGUCUUAGUGGUGAUGUAUUUCCUAUUUAUUUAUUUAAGAAAAACUCCCAACACUCAAUAAUCUUUGAUCAUUUGCUUUCUAAUUAUUUAAAUAGCAACUUUAUACAGAUUGAUUCAACACUUGACUUGUCUACGUAUGGGUUUCUUGAGGGAACUCAAAAGGAAACUAAAUCAAUCAAGAAACUCGCUGAUGGGGCUGAGGAAUCAUUUAUUAGAGUAGAUCUUCCCAGGUUUACCUUUUCAGUUACUAAUUCGUUUAUGAAGCUAAGGGCCAAUGUUUUACCCACGACUAUUGAGUAUUCUCUGUCUCUGCCUGAUCCACCUCGAAAGCUGCCUCACUGUAGGGGGGUAGUCAACAUAGUGUCAGCUCUGAUAUUCCAGAAAACCUGGGAUAGAUCGAAAGUAUUCAUCGAUGCAUUCAAUUCAGAGACAAUAAGCGUGACACUAGCCAGUCGGAUGUUUUGCUUUGACUUCUCAAUCAACGAAUUAUGUUGUGGCAAUGAUAGUACUAAUAGCUCAAAUGCUUCCUCAUUCUCUAAUGACAUCCAUAACGAUAAGUCAGAUGAUAAUGCUAGCGAUGACAACAAAAGAAGGCCGUUUUUUAGGGUUUUUCCUAUUGAAAUUGCCUACGAUCAAGACAAACCCUUAGAAAACCUAUCGCAUAUAAAAUUCUCUAUUUUCCACACUUGUUUUGAUGACAAGUAUCUUCUUGAAGACUACAUGAAAAUAAGGGACACUGAAGUGUAUUCAAAGCACGGACUGUACUCAUACUUUGACCAGUCUAAAAUACUCUUUUCAAAAUUGAAAUCCGAAAUUAAUAGUCCAUUUUAUAUUAAAAAUAUACUAAGAGCAAAAAAGGGAACAUUUAUUGGAUUUGUGAGGGGAAUCCCCCUUUUUUCUCUUGAAGCAUUUGAUAAAGCCGCGGUUUUGGUUCUAACAACUAAGAAUGUGUUUCUCUACUUGACAGACAUCGUAAAGAUAUAUUUUAAGCUUAUUUCUCCCAUUCAGAUUAGAGAGUAUUUAAAGAAUCCUGAAGACUGGAUUGGAAAGCAUCCUUUACACUUUCUAGCUGAUUUUAUAUUGGAAGCUAUUUGCAGAGAUGGUUACGAUGUGACCAAGUCGAUGCUAGCAUAUAGACAAAGAGCCGGGAAUAUUUACGUGUCAGCAGAUGUGGACAUUAAGAAAAGUAAGAGUGAAAAUACCAAUCACUCUAUCUUCAAUAACAGUAGCACGCUUAUUAAUAAAGAUGAAGAGAUGGUUGUCUAUCUUAGGAUUGCUAUUCCCAAGGUGUUGGUGAAAAAAAUCAAUUGUGUCAAAUUCAAUCUUUAUGGUACACUUCUUUUUGAGUCAAUCAAUGAGCAAGAUUCUCCUUUUACAAUUCAAGUUGACCUAAAAUCUGAAAGGCUGGACUAUGUCCUUGAGCUAAACUCAACGAUAAAUCUUCUGGCUUUUAAAAAUAAGGUACAGUCUGGGGCUACAUUCAACUCUAAAUCAAUUGGUAUGUAUCGAUCUUCUCUUCAGGAGCUGUGCAGCCUAUUUACUGAAUUUAUAUAUUCCUUUAAAUCCUCCAUUUCCAAUGAAUAUACUUAUGAAAUUAACUACGUCAGUGAGGAGAUGAAGAAGGCAUUUUGUUCCGAUUCAGAACUAUGCGUUGACUCCUUCUAUGUCAUUGAUACAACAAUGGCAAGGAAGGCUAGCCUUAUUCAAACUACAAACUCCUCUGUCUACCUUCCUCCUAUCAUUGAUAUCAGUGUUUGUACUAUUGAAGGAACUGAGAAUAGCAUAAAAGUACACACAAGUUUAGGACUAGAUCUACUUGUAAAUCUUAUUGGAGAACACCUCCAUGCUAUAUUCUCCUCUCUUCCCAUUGAUGUAUGGCCCGAUUCUAUUAUCCUUAAUGUUGAUUUUCAUAAUUUUUUUACCUACAAGUGCUUGUCAGAAAGAAAUGGCAUUGUCUCCACCAUUUUCUAUUUAAAAUUUCUACUAUUGAAAAAUAGAAUAAUCUCUUUGAAAAUCCCCAUCAACUCGCCUUCAAAAACGUUUAUUAAUGGAUAUGGAGAUUUAAGCUUAAAAUCAAACCCCAUAUACGAUGAAAACUAUAGUGACUCAAGUAAUAAUGAUUAUGACGACAGUGAGUUUGCCAAUGAUUUUGUCCCUGUGUACUUUUACUCCCCAAAUAAUCGCCCUGGAAUAUUAGAAAGACUGCUCAUCCGUUGUAAGGAUUAUUUCUGCGGUGCUAAGUAUAAAAAUAUUGUAAACUUCACCCCCGAUCAAAUCAAUACGUCAUUUAAACUCCCUCCUCAAAUUCUAAAUCAGUACACUUCUUAUCGAAAUAGAAUGUUCUCUUUAAAGAAUGCAAAUAAUUUGGAUUUGGUUUUUGAAAUGGGUUCAGAUGACUUUAGUCAGAUUAUCAUGAAUCUUGUAUCAGAUUCGGAUGCUUGCAUUACCCACAGCUUUACUGAGCCUUUCAAUUCGUGUAUGUUUGACUUUACAGAACAUACUCCAUCCUCUGACAAACCCAUCAAGCCCUUCUUUAUUUUCAAUAUGAAUUCUCGGAAUUUAUUAUUACUCAGUGUAAGAAUACCUUUUACUGUUAGAUUUAUUGACGAAUCUGCCUAUUUGAUUGGGUAUGCCAAUAGCUUUAUUAGAUUCGUUAUCAUGCUAAAAGGAUGCUUUAUGGACUCUUAUAUGGCCUCAAGAGGGUACUAUCUGAGUAUUCCCAUCUUCUUUCCCACGAUAGACAGCAUAGUUGAUCACUUACUACCCGUUAAGAGUGUCGAAUACAAAGAAUACCAUAGUUGCAGAUCUAGCGGGGGAUACUUCAAAUGCUUUGGAAAUGUAAAGCAACAAGUGAAAAUGUUCAUAUUCUUCAGGAACGCUGUUAUAUGCCAAAAUCUCAAUGUUCAGGCUACCCCAUUUAGUUACAACUUCGUGCGUCUUAUUGACUGGCUUUAUUAUAUAUUUUCCAAUAUUACUACUUCCAAGGUAAACGUUUUCACAGGACAUGUUGCGGUUAUUGAAUUUAGAUUUCCUGUCGACUCUGAUUUCCUGAAAGGCUAUGGUGCAUACGCUAUAGAUUCUGACAGAUUGAUAAAACUAUGUUUAUCACUUUCAGAGUCUCACUCCGGAACUUUGACAGGUUGA